AUGUUCCGUCGUCUCUCCUCAAGCGCAUUGGCCGUCGCUGCGGUCCGCUUCUACACCCCAUCGGAGGCCCUCAAGAAGCUCUACGCUAGCGACUUUGACAAAGCUGCGUUUCCGUUGAGUAUUGUGCCCAGCGAUAGUGUUCUUUUUGCACAGUUCCUCUACAAGGCAGCCGAGCCGGAGGGCAACUUUGAUGCCAUUUUGAAGGACCUUCAAGCAAUCGCCGCCGCCUCGAGUAAAUUCCCCAUCUUCUGGGAGCGUACGACGGUCGUCGAAGAAGUCGCCGAGUUCAAGAAACUCUCGGAGCCCACUUUCUUUACAAUGGUUUGGAUGCAGAAAAACGGCAUGUUAGACCUCCUUCCGGAAGUGGCGGAGGUUUUCGAGGCGUACGUCAACGCCAAACAGAAAAAAGCUGUGGCGAAAAUUUACGUGGCUCCAGGGAAAGAGGGCGACUUGGCGGAGGCCAAGCGCGUCGCGCAGGAGCUGCACAAGGAAGCCAAGGAGCUUGCCGGCCACACACUUGUCUUUAAGACAGUCGUCGAUCGCUCCAUUGUGACGGGCUUCGCGGUGGAACUCGCCGGGCAGUACGUGAACCGCGCUGAGGGCCAACAGCACACAUCCACCGUGGACGAGGCGGAUUACACCACCGUUCCGCCACCGCGGCUUCCGAAGACGGUGUGGGCAGACAACAUUGAAACGGAGGUGCUGCGCCGGUACCUUGACAGCCUCGCAGAGUACGACGCAGAGGAGCUAAAGCACGGCGUGUGA